AUGAAGACCGCAAUCAUUGCCGCGGCCCUUUUCUCUGGCAUCGUAAUCGCAAAGGGAAGCGGGAAUUAUGGCGCUAGCUACCCGCCGUAUGCCUCGAAGAACUGCCCAUUCAUCCCUUCGGCCGACCAAUUCGUUCUCUUCGCCGAUAACAUCCAGACAGUCUCACAAGUCAGCCCUGACAAGGCCAUUCUGAGGUCGCAAGAUCUCUACGUCGAGACCGCUAACGAUUUGGCCACGGCCUCUCAAUUUACCAUACCGGACUUUGCUAUUGGCGCCAACUGCUCCUUGAAUCUGGCCGUCCCAAGCCCCGACCAGAUAUAUGGUGACCUCGACCAGACUAUCUUCAGUGGCGGUGGAAACUUGAACUUUUCUCGACUGGAGAACGACCUCCCGAGCACUGGCUUAACGUUCAAUACUCUCGGUGGCAUUCAGAACGCCGGCGUCAUGAAAGUGACGCCGGGGAAGUUGCUCACCGUUGCGCCCAGCUUCCCGUGCCCACCUCCUGGCACAGUGCUCCCGGGAAUUAUCCAAUCCGUCGACGCCACCCUCGUCGUGCGCGACACUGUGGGACCAGUUUGCCUCUCUGGUCUUUUCGUCUUGAUUGGGCCUGUCGGGAACCCACCUUCCAGCCCAGCCCCUCCGGACACGAGCGCAUACGGAACUACCAGCUCCACGGGGGGCCACACAGGCACCUACAGCACCUACAGUGUUGCCGCAACUUACAGCAGCAAGUGGUCGGCUUGA